CCAGCACCCACUAUCACCAAAUCUCCCCACCAGAAUAGACCUUGUGAGAACUUGUGAGUCUGAAAGAGGACGAGGACAGAAGAAGGGAGCAGCGCCGUCUAAGAUCCUGAAGGCUUCUUGCUGCCCAAGGUGAUCCUGAACCUAUCCACAGCAAACCAGCCUAUGUGCUGUUACUUGGCCCGGAGCUGCUCAGUUGGGAACAUGGACAUGCUGCUGGGUGAUGUCUCCUGUUGGUUGACUUUUAUAAGGCUCUUCAUGCUAUGGGCAAAAUGUUUCCUCACCCAAGGGGGUAAAAGGAAAUCCAAACCUUUAGAUUAGGAGCACAUUUUGCAGUCUCUCUCUGCCCAGAGGCUGACUCACAGGCUCAAUAUGGCACAGAGGAAGAAGCCAACAGGGAGACCCAUACCCAGACCCUUUACCUCUUGUUCUUUCCUUCACAGAAGUCCAAGAUGAAUCCCACAGAUCACUUCCUAAGCACAACAGAGUAUGACUAUGGAUAUGAUGAAAACACCGCUCCUUGCAAUGAAGGAAACGGCUUUCCCAGGUUUAAAUCUCUCCUCCUCCCAAUUCUUUACUGCCUUGUGUUUGUCUUCUGCCUUCUGGGAAACUCAUUGGUCCUCUGGAUCCUCCUGACUAGAAAGAGGCUGAUGACAAUGACUGAUAUCUGCCUGCUGAACCUCGCAGCUUCUGAUCUCCUCUUCAUUGUGCCUCUCCCUUUCCAAGCAUACUACGCUUCGGAUCAGUGGGUUUUUGGCAAUGCGAUGUGCAAGAUAAUGGCUGGCAUUUAUUACACGGGUUUUUACAGCAGUAUUUUCUUUAUAACUCUGAUGAGCAUUGACAGGUACAUAGCAAUUGUCCAUGCUGUCUACGCCAUGAAGAUACGGACGGCCUCUUGUGGCACAGUGAUCAGCUUAGUCCUGUGGUCGGUGGCUAGCUUGGCUUCUGUACCCAACAUCGUGUUCAACCAGCAGCUGGAAAUUGAGCAGUCUGUGCAGUGUGUCCCCAUGUAUCCCCCUGGCAACAAUAUCUGGAAGGUUACAAUUCAGUUUUCUGCCAAUAUCUUGGGUCUCUUGAUUCCCCUUAGCAUCCUCAUCCACUGCUAUGCCCAGAUCCUAAGAAACCUGCAAAAAUGCAAAAAUCAGAACAAGAUCAAGGCGAUCAAGAUGAUUUUCAUCAUUGUCAUUGUUUUCUUCCUCUUCUGGACCCCCUUCAACAUUGUGCUCUUCUUGGACUCUCUGCAGAGCCUGCUCAUCAUUGACAACUGCCAGGCCAGCAGCCAGAUCGCCUUGGCGCUGCAGCUCACAGAAACCAUUUCCUUCAUCCACUGCUGCCUCAACCCUGUGAUCUAUGCCUUUGCUGGGGUAACGUUCAAGGCCCACCUGAAAGGGCUACUUCAACCCUGUGCCCGUGUCCUCUGGAGCCCUACCAGAAGCUCUGGGGUCACUCAGUCAUCUUUGGUGCCCAGCCAGAUCUCUGGCUGCUCUGACAGUGCUGGGGUGCUCUAAGCCCACCCGGUUGCAGUCCUUAGAGCAAGUGGCUGCCCUGAGCCCCGCAGGCUGCCUUGUGUGCUCAGUGUCCUCAUGGGAUGACCCUGUAUGUCCUUUCAGGAUGUGCUGUGAAAUGCUACAUGGUGACCAGCUUUCAAAGAACACUGGUGUAAAAGAGCAACCCUACACACUGGCCAACGGGGUAAUUUUUAAUUAGGCUUUAGAGUUCUUGCAGUAUAUUUCAGCAAACAUAUUGCUUCUUCUCCAGCUUGUUUUCUCCCCCAGUGCAACCAUUGCUUCUGCCUCGCCCCAACUAUACUCUGCCUUGUGGAAGCUGUUUCCUGCAUGUUCAUGCUUACCUGGGACAGGGGUGGUACACUCCUCUGAGAGGUGGGCAACAAGUACAGAAUGGCUUCAUGCUGCAAAGAGGGACCAGUGAUGGUCCUUCCUGUGCCUCAUCUCUCAGAUAAAGAGGCCUUCUGCUUGGGACUCUGCCACGUUGCUUUGGUAUGCUGCUGCCCACAGCAGCUUCUGGUGGCCACAUCUUUGAAGACAGCAAAACAACACUGCCAUGUGCCCCUAUACCACCAAUGCACAGAGCUAUACUCUUGAAUACAACCCCAUCAAAGCAGCCUGGCCCUGUGUCACCUCUGGAGAUGUGGGGCCUCCAACCCCUUGCCCCCAGGGUUUGCAGUUCAGUGUAAAUGUCACGGAACGGCACAUAGCAGAUAAGCUCUAUCACUUCUUCUGGUAUUUUAUUUUUUGCCUUUUUAUAAAUGCUCAAUUUGAAUAAAUAUUUUAAUUGCAUCUUUGUAUGCCUCAGCUACUGAAAGCUUUUCUGAUGACUCAUAAGUUUAGAUGAAGACCAAGAAAGGAUGCUGUAACUGAUUUUUGACAUAGUAUCCUCCAAAAUGCAUCUGAUGGAAUUCAGAGGUGCCCUUGAAGUUUUCAGCAAGGUCAGUCUCAUCUCCAGUUCCCUGCUGAGCAAAAUUUGCUUUCAAAAUACCAGUAAAAAUUCACAGUGGAAAAAAUGUCAUUUAGAUUGAAGUAAUAAUACUGUGAACAAAGAUUUUAAACUUAAACAAGUUCAAGUUUUCUAAACUGUGAGAAAAACACACCCUGAAUGUCUUCAAAGACUGUAUUUUCUAGAUCAAUAAAAAUACCCUGUUGAAGCUUUC